ACUGUCGCCAUGGCCGGGAGUCAGGACCUGUUCGACGCCAUCGUGAUGGCGGAUGACAGGUUUCAUGGGGAAGGGUACCAGGAAGGCUAUGAAGAAGGCAGUAGUCUGGGUAUAAUGGAAGGAAGACAACACGGCACAAUACAUGGAGCGAAGAUCGGGUCCGAGAUCGGGUGCUACCAAGGCUUUGCGUUCGCUUGGAGAGGCCUCCUGCACGGUUGUGCGACUGAGAAAGACAGCAAAAAGAUGAAGGUCCUAGAGGCCCUGAUCGGCAUGAUCCAGAAGUUCCCCUAUGACGACCCUACUUAUGCCAAACUUCACGAAGACUUAGACAGAAUCAGAGGGAAAUUUAAACAGCUUUGCUCAUUACUAAAUGUUCAGCCGGACUUUAAAAUUAGUGCGGAAGGUUCUGGACUUUCAUUUUGAGGAUGACAGAUGAACAAAGACGAAACACAGAGGAACAGAUGUCCGAGCCCUCGGGUCUGUCCCUCUGGGCGGCAUCGUGCACGGGUUCUCGGCGCUUCCACACAGAAGUGAGUGAAUGGAUCGGUGACCGUGGGCCGCUCGUCUUUAGUCGUUCCAGGGCAUCUUGGCGAAACGUGUUCCUGGCUCAGGCCAUGCAUGGUUCCUGUCACCGGACCUGGGGCUGGGAGUCCCUACAGGCCGGAUGGACGUUUCCCUCCUUUCCUCCGUGCCCUGCCGGGUGCUGAGAGAGCAAGAACUGGCGGUUGCCGAAGGACAAGGCUAGUGCUUGUCCCUCCGCGCUGUGUGCGUCCACCUGCAGCCCGCAGUGCCAUGCGCCCCGCCUGGGCACUGCCUGCCUCCGCUGGUCCUUGGGGUGCACACGCCACCAGGGUUCUCCAGGCAGUGAGAGUCAAGGGUGCUGCUGUUUCCCUUGGUGCUUGGUGGAUUUUUGUGUCUUCUGUUACCUGCUUUUAUGUGUAUUACUUUUAUAAUUGGAGAAAAAAUAAAUAGCGUAUUUUAAAGCAAAA